AUGGUUUUAUUUAGUAAAUUUCAACCAUUACUUAAAAGUAUUAUUUCUUCUCCUCGUCAAGAAUUACAAAAAGGGCCAGCAACACUAACAGAAAUUCCAGAAGGUUAUGAACCACGACACUGGGAAUAUUUCAAACAUCCAAUCAAGCGAUUUCUUGGUCGGUAUUUAGUACAACCAGUUGAUGAACGUUAUGAAAUAUCAUUACAUGCUAUCUAUGUUGGAAUUAUGAAAGAUCGCUUAAGAGGUUUAGAACGAAAAGUUCAACGUUUACAAUAUCAACGUGGUGAUUAUAAAGGAUGGUAUUAUCGUCCGGCAGUUGACACACAGGCUGAAUUAGAAACAAAACAUGCAGAAGCAAUAUCACGUGGCUUCUCAGCUGAUCGGGGUACAAUGAAUCUUCCUGAUUUAAAUGAAGAAAUAAGAACAAGACCAGUCAUCAAUCAUAAAGUGUCAAUCAAGAUUAUUCAAUUGUCGUCGUUGUCAUCAUCUUCUGCACAGCAAGAUAAUAAAAUGAGUGAUAAAAUUCUUAAAAUUGUUGGACGUUAUAUUUAUGAUAGUCGGGGAAAUCCAACAGUCGAAGUUGAUUUAUGGUCAUCUAAAGGUCUCUUUCGUGCUGGUGUACCAUCAGGUGCUUCAACGGGAAUUUAUGAAGCAUUAGAAUUACGUGAUGGUGAUAAAAAUGUUCAUCAUGGAAAAGGUGUAGAAAAAGCUGUAGCUAAUGUGAAGACAUUGGGAGAUAUGUUAAUUGAAAAAGGUUUUGAUGUUACACAACAAACAGAAAUUGAUAAUUUUAUGAUUCAAGCUGAUGGAACAGAUACGAAAAAAAAAUAUGGUGCCAAUGCUAUUCUUGGUAUAUCUAUCGCAUGUUGCAAAGCUGGUGCAGCGCAUAAAAAUAUACCACUAUAUCAAUAUAUAUCAACAUUAUCCAGUGGUUCAACAAUUCAGUUACCGGUACCUGCGUUUAAUGUCAUUAAUGGAGGAAGUCAUGCUGGAAAUAAAUUAGCCAUGCAAGAAUUUAUGCUUUUACCAACAGGUGUACUAAAUUAA